AAACUCCGCGGUGGGGGAGAAGAGUGGAGCCCGUCCGAGCCCUGGCCCCAAGUAACGCCGCCGCCCCAAAGCCGCCUUGGAGGCCCCCCUUCCCACUAAGUGCCUCUUUGCUUAGCACCGGCCCCUGCCCUCACACUCACUGGUACCGCUACAGCAGGACGGGCCAUGGUGGGUCAGGGAGGUGCAGCACGACCCAAUGGACCAGCUGCUGGGAACAAGAUCUGUCAGUUUAAGCUGGUCCUGCUGGGGGAGUCUGCAGUAGGCAAAUCCAGCCUUGUCCUCCACUUUGUCAAGGGACAAUUCCACGAGUACCAGGAGAGCACAAUUGGGGCGGCCUUCCUCACACAGACUGUCUGCUUGGACGACACAACAGUCAAGUUUGAGAUCUGGGACACAGCUGGACAGGAGCGGUAUCACAGCCUUGCCCCCAUGUACUAUCGGGGGGUCCAGGCUGCCAUCAUGGUCUACGACAUCACCAACACAGAUACGUUUGCACGGGCCGAGAACUGGGUGAAGGAGUUACAGAGGCAGGCCAGUCCCAACAUCGUCAUCGCCCUGGCCGGUAACAAGGCAGACCUGGCCAACAAGAGAGCCGUGGAAUUCCAGGAAGCA